UAAAAUUUUAAAUUUUAAAUUAGCGUGGAAGAGGGUACACGUCGAUGAAUAGUUUCUGGAAAUCCGAAUAAACACUUCGCCCUCGAGAAUCGAAUUCCCGCGCCUGUUUGCUAAAGCUACCUUUAACUGCACUUUCCAUCUCUCUCCAGUCCCAGAGUGCUCCUUAGCUGUCUCCGCCGCUUCAUCCGCCAGUCACCUCCCUCUCUCUCUCUCUCUCUCUCUCUCUCUCUAAGACAUGCUUUUGUCUUCUCUGUCUCAAUGCCUGCGUAAACCCUAAAAACCCACCUUCUGCUUUCCCCUCAUUUUCUCUCUUUCUUCUCUGCAAGCUGCGCUUUUCCCUCCACUUCUUCAUUGGGAAUUCAGAAGAAUCUCCUUAAUAAAAUGAAGAAGCGCCAUCUGGGUCCGACCUUUCUUACUCUUUUCCUCCUAUGUCUUAUCUCCCUUGCACGCUCUCAGCAGAGCGGGGAUGCCCCCAUGAUGCUUAAACUCAGGGACAGCCUCGGUGACCCGUCUAAUAUAGGGUGGUCUGGUUCUGAUCCAUGUAAGUGGAAACAUGUCUCCUGCGACGCCAGCAACCGAGUGACCCGUAUCCAAAUCGGCCAUCUGAACCUCGAGGGCACUCUUCCUCCUGAGCUGAAAAAUCUUACUGCUUUGGAGACGCUUGAGGUAAUGAGCAACAAUUUAAGGGGUUCGGUACCGAAUCUUUCUGGGUUAAGCUCGCUUCAAGUUGUCCUUUUACAUAAUAAUGGCUUCACUUCAUUUCCUUCCGAUUUCUUUGACGGGAUGACCUCUUUAACGUCUAUGAAUCUGGAUUAUAAUCCGUUUCAACCUUGGGAGAUACCUUCCAGUCUUAAAAGUGCUACGGCCUUGAAGGAUUUCUCUGCUAAUGGAGCUAAUAUAACUGGUACAAUCCCUGAAUUUUUCAACAGUGAUGUGUUUCCUGGACUGGAAAACCUGCAUUUGGCAAUGAAUUUUUUAGUGGGUGGACUGCCAUUGAAUUUUUCACGAGCAUCGUCGAUUACUUCCCUCUGGCUUAAUGGCCAAAGGAGUAACUCCGGGCUUAAUGGUACAAUUUCGGUUUUACAAAACAUGACUGGUUUGAGAGAGAUUUGGCUACAUGGGAAUCAGUUCACGGGUCCAUUACCAGAAUUUACUGGCUUUAAUGUGUUACAGAAAGUGAGUCUGAGGGAUAAUCAGUUAACGGGUAUUAUUCCAGCAUCACUAAUGAACCUCCCCACGCUUUCUGUUCUCAAUUUGACAAACAAUCUGUUUCAGGGGCCAACACCAAAAUUUCCUAGUAAAGUCAUCGUGGAUAUGGAUUCUGGUUCUAAUAGACUUUGCCUAACAACUCCUGCUGUUGCCUGCGACUAUCGUGUUAACAUUCUGUUGUCAAUUGUGAAAGACUUUAGGUAUCCUGCUAGUUUAGCUGAGAGUUGGGAAGGCAAUGACCCUUGUACACAGUGGAAAGGGAUUUCAUGUUCACCUGGAGGGAACAUUACGGUUAUCAACUUCCAGAAUAUGGGGCUCACUGGUACAAUUUCUCCAAGUUUUUCAUUGAUUCCUUCAUUGCAAAAAUUGAUUUUGUCAGGUAAUUUGAUUACUGGUACUAUACCAACCGAGCUUACAACUCUGCCUAGUCUUACUUUAUUAAACGUUGCAAACAAUAGGUUAUAUGGCAAGGUACCUAGUUUCAGGCAAGCACAAGUGAUCACUGAUGGAAACACUGAUAUUGGGUGGGAUAGUAGUAGCUUCUCCCAUCCUGGGGAACCCAAAACACCAGGCAAAGAUGGAGGACGAAGUGAUUCUGGAAUUGGUGCUAAGAAUUCUAGCAGGGGAAAGAUUGUGGGUUCUGUAAUUGGUGCUGUUUGUGGAUUAUGCAUCAUUGGGCUGGGUGUGUUUUUCAUUAGAAGUAAACAGAAAAAAUGCAGUAAGGUGCAGAGUCCAAAUAUGAUGGUUGUUCAUCCUCGCCAUUCUGGAGAUCAGGAUGCUGUGAAAGUUACUGUUGCCGAAUCAGGUGCCAGUGGCAGGUCUGAGAGCUAUACUGAUAGUGGUGGACCUAGUGACAUUCAUGCAGUUGAUACUGGGAAUAUGGUGAUUCCAAUUCAAGUUCUGAGAAAUGUGACUGAUAAUUUCAGUGAAGAGAACAUACUAGGAACGGGUGGAUUUGGGACUGUUUACAAGGGAGAACUGCAUGAUGGGACUAAAAUCACAGUAAAGAGAAUGGGAUCAGGCGUGGUGAGUGAAAAGGGUCUGAUAGAGUUCAAGUCUGAGAUUGCGGUGCUCACCAAGGUCCGACAUCGCCACUUAGUUGCACUUCUUGGAUAUUGCUUGGAUGGAAAUGAGAGACUUCUUGUUUAUGAAUAUAUGCCUCAGGGAACUCUUAGUAGACAUCUGUUUAAAUGGAGGGCCAAUGAGUUGAAACCACUUGAAUGGACUAGAAGAUUGAUCAUUGCUUUGGAUGUUGCCAGAGGUGUUGAAUAUCUACAUGGACUAGCAUAUCAAAGCUUCAUUCACAGGGAUCUGAAGCCUUCUAACAUUCUUCUUGGAAAUGAUAUGCGAGCCAAAGUUGAUGGUUUUGGUAUGGUUCGUCUUGCCCCAGAGGGGAAAGCCUCAUUUGAAACAAGACUAGCUGGAACUUUUGGGUAUCUUGCACCAGAAUAUGCCGCCACUGAACGAGUGACUACCAAGGUUGAUGUGUUUAGCUUUGGUGUGAUACUAAUGGAGAUGAUCACAGGAAGAAAAGCUCUUGAUGAGACCCAGCCUGAGGAUAGCUUGCACAUUGUUGCUUGGUUCCGUAGGAUGUACAUCAACAAGGAUACAUUCCAUGAGAUUAUUGACCCAACUAUUGAGCUUGAUGAAGAAAGCCUUGCCAGCAUUAACACAGUUGCAGAGUUGGCUGGGCACUGCACUGCAAGGGAACCAUACCAGAGGCCUGACAUGGGUCAUGUGGUGAAUGUUCUUUCAUCUCUGGUUGAGCUAUGGAAACCAGCUGAACCAGAACGUGAUUACUUGUAUGGAAUUGACCUUGAAAUGUCCUUACCUCAGGCAGUGAAGAAGUGGCAAGCAUUAGAGGGAAGCAAUUUGGAUUCUCCUCCUUCAUUUGUUACUAAUGGGGAUAAUACUCAAACCAGUAUCCCCACGAGACCAUCAGGCUUUGCAGAUUCAUUUACAUCAGUAGAUGGACGGUAAAUGAAGAAGAAAAGUUGGGGAUAUGAUGAGAUAUGCCUCUAAUCAUUGCUUCAUUUAUUCCAUCUGCUUGUUCUUACUUUGCUCAUGAUCUCCCCGCUGUUUUUUUUAUUUUUUAAUGGUUUCAUUUCUUCUGUUUCUUUCAUGUCGCCUUAAGAUCUUAUUUACAUUUAAAUCAGCGUCUCCCCAUUGUUGUACAAGAUUG